AUGCUAGAAAACGGCCAGGAGCGGAGAGCGCUAACAAAUUUUUCUACAGAAUUAAAUCUCACACAGAUUAUUAAAACUCCAACUAGAAUCACGGCGACGUCCCAAACGCUUAUUGAUGUUAUUCUAGUCUCAUCCACAGCACAUGUUCUUGAGAGUGGUGUUAUUAACACUUCUAUCAGUGACCACUUACCAGUGUACGUCCUACUAAAGUUAAAGGCCCCAAAGAUGCCAGCAUGUUACAUUACAACUAGGAGUUAUAAAAACUAUAAUCCCUCACUAUUUUCCUCUGACCUUGUCACUAAAUCGGAUCGUCUGUUAUCCAUAUUAUCCAACACCAACGUUAAUACAAUACUCGAAACCUUCAAAGACGUUCUUCACUCAACUCUCGACGUGCAUGCACCGUUAAAAACCUUCAAAAUUCGAAUUCGAUCAUGUCCAUAUGUCACCAAUGAAAUAAAAGAACUCAUGAAGUCUCGGGACCUACACCUCCGUCGGUUUCAACUGACACGUGAUAAAGGUGAUUGGGUAGUUUACAAAGAAUAUCGUAAUAACGUAAAAACCAAAAUUAAAGCCGCAGCGAAGGACCACACCUUCAACGAAGUAAGAGAACAUAAACACAAUUCGAGAUCCCUACGGAAAAUAAUUAAUAAUAUAAUUCCCUCGAAGGAAAAGGAAACACAAGUUUAUAGUAAAGAUCCAAAAACAGUUGCAGAAGAUUUCAACCUUUUUUUUACUUCUGUGGGACGGAACGCUGCUGCGACAGCCGAAAGUUUAGCCAAAGACAACAAUGUUGCACUGUCAAAUCCUCUGUCAAAUGUAAUCACUUAUCCAUCUGAUCAACUGUUCAAUUUCCAAUCCGUUACUUGUACAGAGGUUCAACGUAUUAUCAUGGCUAUGCCAAGUAAUAAGUCACCAGGACCAGAUAAAAUAGGCAUGCGUGUCAUCAAAGACUGUCUUCCAAUUAUACUGGGUCCUCUUACGCAUAUGAUAAAUUGCUCUCUAAUGACAAGCACAUUUCCUGACCUAUGGAAGAUUUCUGAAGUUAUACCCCUACUAAAAGAAGGAGACCACGAGAUAGCCUCAAACAAUCGGCCUCUCUCACUACUCGAGGUAGUUUCAAAAGUUUGUGAAAAAGUUGUUCUAAAUCAAUUUAGCUCCUACCUCAAAGAAUUUAAUCGCAUAUCGUCACAUCAAAGCGGGAAUAGGAGUCUUCACUCCACCGAAACCUUAAACAUAUUUGUUACCGAUACGAUGUUGGAAGCCAUAGACAACAAAAAUCUAACGGCACUAAUUUUAUUGGAUUUAUCCAAGGCAUUUGACAGUGUCAGUCAUUCGAUUUUAUUACACAAAUUGAGUUGUAUCGGUGCUUCACCCGAAGCUGUUAAAUGGUUCCAAGACUAUUUAACAGGCAGAUCCCAAUACUAUUUAACAGGCAGAUCCCAAUACGUGCGCAUUGGAUCCACCAAGUCAUCAGCUCGCCCGAUAACCCAUGGCGUUCCACAAGGUGCAAUACUAUCACCACUUCUGUUUUGCAUCUAUAUUAAUGAUCUGCCAGGGAGCAUACAAUCGUGUAACCUUGAUUCAUACGCAGACGACUCAAAGCUUUACAAAUCAUUCUGCAUCUACGACUUGGAACAGACAACUAUCAAUUUAGAGGCAGAUCUACAAAUAGCAGCCAAGUGGUGUUUGGAGCACCAAUUACUGAUCAAUCCAGAAAAAACUAAAUUCCUUGUAGUCGGUUCAAGACCCAUGCUGCAGAACGUACCUACAGAAAUAUCGCUAACAUUUUUAGGAAAGACUAUAUAA